GUUUAUAAGCUAGAUUUCUAAUGACGACAAUAGGUCUCGUGCCCACAGCCCGACCAAGUUUGGUUUUUGGGGCCAGGCAGUAGUUUUUGGCUUUCACUUAUUUUUCAUUUCUUCCUAUCCCAUUCUCUGAGCAUUUCAAGGACGUCUCUAUCACCAACCUCUAGAUGGGUCAAGCAUUUUCUCAUUCGCAACACGAAUCAAACAGCGACCGACCUCCUGCCAUUUCGACGGAUGAUUCCUCGGCAUGGAGUACUGCGGUAGAUGGAGGGGGUACCUCUUCACCCUCCAUAUCAUCACGAAGAAGAGUAUUGAGGUAUCCACUUUCAAGUAGAGGGACACGACGGCCUAAUCCCUUACGUUAUGAACCUACCGAUAGAGGAGUUCAACCACAGCCAUCACCUGUCCCCACACGACUCCUGACUAGAUUACAACAAAGACUACGUCGACCCACGGCCAGUGGUUCAGAAGCAUCGUCCCUUGUAUCGCCUGCUGAAAGUAUGAUGGAUAUCGACAGCCCCGUGCCAGAAGCUUCCAGCAUAAACGGGUCUCGAGCGGAGGGUGAAUUGGGGAGCGGAGAAGAUGAGGCUAGCCAAUCCAAUUCCACGCUUUCCAGAUUAUUGACAGAGGUCAUUACUUCGGCGGUACUGGAUAGUUUGAACCAACCUUUUGAAGGAAAUGAGGAGGGGCAGGAGGUAUCAAGAAGACAAGAGGAGGAGGAGGAGGAGGAGGAGGACGACGACGACGACGAAGACGUGGAGGUACAAGGAGAGGAAGCAAGCAAUAGAACGUUUCAGCUACCUAGAGAGCUUUUCCCUUCGGUGGAACGGUCAUCCGAGCUAGGGUCCUUUUUCCGCAUGUUGCGUAUGCCAGCGUCGACGUUUCGAAGCAGCCAAACAGGUGAAACCAUGCCAGUGUUCAUUAUUGGCUAUAGAGCAACACGGAGCAGAGCCAAUCAGGAGGAAGAAGGGGAGGAGGAGGAGGGUCAGCAGGGUAGACGAUGGGUGAUUUACAUCAUCAGUGGUAGCGGGCAACACAAUGACUUUCCGGCAAGCUUAUUUAGUGAUAAUCCAAGCUAUGAAGAUCUUAUGAUGUUAAGUCACUUUCUUGGGCCAGUACGGCCGGUCACGGCGACAGCGCAACAAAUUGAAACCAUCCCUAUUACCAUUUAUCGCAAGGAUCAGAUGACGGAGAUGAUAAAUGACAAGUGUCAAGUGUGCCUUGAGGACUACGCUGAGUCACAAGAACUCCGAAUGCUUCAGUGUAAACACGGGUUCCAUAAGGACUGUAUUGACCGGUGGCUGACUGAAGGGCGUAAUUGUUGCCCGAUCUGUCGGGGUGUGCCGGUUCCACAUGCAGACGACAGUUGAAGCACUCCAUUGGUCAGCUGGUAAAAUGGGGGUUUCACUCCUGCUCUGGUUUCGCUCGCCCUUACAAAAAAAAAAAUUU